UGGGCUCCCGCCAGGUGGGCCCCAGGGCCCCGACGCGGGUCGGGCCGGGCGCCCCGGAAAGAUCUCAGCCUUCCUGGCCUCCGAAGAAGAUGGCAGACCCGGCCCCUGCGCCCCCAGCGCAGCUCGUGGUGGUACACUCGGACACUCACAGUGACACCGUGCUGGCCAGUUUCGAGGCCCAGAGAAAGAAGGGCUUUCUCUGUGAUAUCACCCUGAUUGUGGAGAGCGUGCACUUCCGGGCCCACAAGGCUCUACUGGCUGCCAGCAGCGAGUACUUCUCCAUGAUGUUCGCACAAGAGGGGGACGUGGGCCAGUCCAUCUACGUGCUGGAAGGCCUGGUGGCCGACACCUUCCGGAUCCUGCUGGAGUUCAUCUACACGGGUCGCCUGCAUGCCAGCGAGAAGAGCACCGAACAGAUUCUGGCCACUGCUCAAUUCUUGAGGGUCUCUGAUCUGGUCAAGGCCUACACAGACUUCCAGAAUGACCAAAGGAGCCCCGAGGAGGCCACAUCCGGGACCCCUGCAGGUGCCUCUGUGGUGGCGAUUUCCAACAAGAAGAAUGAGCCAUCCAAGCGCAAGAGGGGAAGGCCAAGGAAGGUCAACAACAGCUCGCAGGAGGGAGAGACGCUGCUCCAGUCACACAGCCCAGCUCAGAACGGAUCACACCUUGGGAGUGUGCCAGAGGAGAGAGCCAAGGAAGAUUCGGAACCCACCAGUGAGCUGUGCAGCACCGUGGGGCAGGUGCCCACCAGAAAAGAUGAGAACUGCGAUGCCAGGCCCCAGGAGGGGCAUGAACGCCAAAGUCGCCACAGCAAGCGCAGGAUUCGGAGAUCAGUAAAACUGAAAGAUUACAAGCUCGUCGGGGACGAAGACGGGGACCAGGGUGCAGCCAAGAGGGUUUGCGGGAGGAGGCGGCGGCCCCGCAACUCCGAGGCCCGCUGCAAAGACUGUGGCAAGGUCUUUAAGUACCAUCACUUCCUGGCCAUCCACCAGAGGAGCCACACGGGUGAGCGACCUUUCAAAUGUAAUGAAUGCGGGAAAGGCUUUGCCCAGAAGCACUCACUGCAGGUGCACACCAGGAUGCACACAGGCGAGCGGCCAUAUACCUGCACCGUGUGUGGCAAGGCCCUCACCACCAAGCACUCGCUGGUGGAGCACAUGAGCCUGCACUCAGGACAGAAGUCUUUCACCUGUGAUCAGUGUGGAAAAUAUUUCAGCCAGAAAAGACAGCUCAAGAGCCAUUACCGAGUUCACACAGGCCACUCGUUGCCGGAAUGCAACCACUGCCACCGCAAAUUCAUGGAUGUAUCUCAGCUGAAGAAACACCUGCGCACACACACAGGCGAGAAGCCAUUUACGUGUGAGAUCUGCGGCAAAUCUUUCACAGCAAAGAGCUCUCUGCAGACCCACAUCCGGAUCCACCGGGGAGAGAAGCCGUACUCCUGUGGCAUCUGCGGCAAGUCCUUUUCAGACUCCAGCGCCAAGAGGAGGCACUGCAUCCUGCACACAGGCAAGAAGCCCUUCUCAUGUCCCGAGUGCAGCCUGCAAUUUGCUCGCCUCGACAACCUGAAGGCCCACUUGAAAAUUCACAGCAAAGAGAAACAGGCAUUGGAGGCCAGCAGCGCUCCUGGGGCUGGUGGCAACAGCGGUAGCAAUGCCAGUAGCACCGAAGAGGUCCGGAACAUCCUCCAGCUGCAGCCGUAUCAGCUCUCGACCUCAGGGGAGCAGGAAAUCCAGCUCCUCGUCACCGACUCCGUGCAUAACAUCAAUUUCAUGUCAGGGCCCACCCAAGGCAUCAGCCUCGUCACUGCCGAGAGCACCCAGAACCUGAGUGCAGACCCUGCUGCCAACCUGACCCUGCUCACGCAGCAGCCGGAGGAGCAGCUGCAGAAUCUGAUUCUGUCGGCCCAGCAGGAGCAGACAGAACACAUGCAGGGCCUCAACAUGAUUGGAAGCCAGAUGGAGCCCUCUGCAACAGAGCCCUUGCACGUCAUCACGCUGUCCAAGGAAACCCUGCAGCACUUGCAUGCCCAGCAGGAACACAGCGAGGGGCUGCAUUUAGCAGCCAGCGCUUCAGACCCGGCACAGCACCUGCAGCUGACCCAGGAGCCAGAUCCACCGCCUCCCCCUCACCAUGUGCCCCAGCCCACCCCGCUAGGCCAGGAACAGAGCUGACCUGAGAACACUCAGACCAGAUCCCCACAAGCUGCCAUCGCCAGGUCAUGAACGCAUGUGGUCAGGCUCAGGGAGACUGUGACUACGAGACAGCCAGAUGGCCAGACAACAGGGAGGACGUGCUGCUUCCAGGCAGCAAAGCCUGUGUGUGUGUGCACGCGCGUGGGAAUGUGUGUGCCUGUGAGGAUGAUGUCCCAUCCGUAGUACCUGUUUGGAUUUAGGGUUUCAUAGCUGACGAACGCUUUUCAUUUUCAUCUCCUACACGUUCUAAAGACUGGCUCUUUGGGGGCAUUGAUGGAGACAUUUUUUUCUAUUAAAUAUUCACAGCCACAGGUUAUGGUCUUACUGACCUUCCCAGUCAUAUCUGUAAAUUUUUUUUGCAACCCAGAAAAGUCAGUCAUAGGUUAAAUUGGGUAGAGUGCUUGGUUCUCCUUCCUCAUUUCGAUUAGGCAAAACAGUUGCCACCCUAGCUCGUGACAUGAUGUCAGAAUAGGAGGUUUGCAGAAAUUAUCCUUUUAGCGCUCUAACCAUCAUUGUGUGUUCAGUACAAUGGGCCCAUCAGGUCAUGCUGAAGGUGGAUUAAACCCAUAGGCUGUGUUUAUAGCUAAAAAGUUCAUAUAGCAAAGCUAAGCCUAUAUGGACUAUUUUAAUUCUACAUUCAACUUUUCUGAAAAAUGCGGGUUUAUUUAUUUCUUAAAAAGGGUAUUAAAUUUUUAACUUAAAAAUCUAAUUUAAGUAUGAAACUGAAUCAUGGCAUCCACCCAAAAUAAUUUCAGAAUCUCAGUCAAAAAUAACACUGGACUUUCAUGAUGAAGACCGCUUAAUUAUCCUAGGAUGUAAUGUUUUAAUUCAGUGUAAUUUUAAGUACUAAAUAUGCCCUACAGAAUUCAAAUUGACUUCUGAAAACAUUGAUCUGUGUGUGGUGUUUAAUAUGUUGCUGGAGAUGGAAACGUAUUACAUGUUUUUAUUCCAGACUGGGUUAUGUCCAAAAAGUAGGUGCA